AUGCAAGUGGACGCCAGUCGCAGUCCUCCCUCUUCUGGUGGGCAGAGGACUCACGUCUCCUCGCAAUCCAAAUCCAUGCCGUCCACCCCCUUCCAACGUCCCGAAUCCAGAGCCUCCCCGUCUCCAGAGCCCGCGGCCAAAAAUGGCUCCCCCCUCUCACUACCGUCUGACAAGAGCCACACGCCUCCCGCAAGCCGGCAACGAUACGGGGGUUGCAAAUAUGAAACCGGCAUGCAGAGAGCACGGCGACGCGUUCCUUAUUCGCUGGGGUCGGACCCCUUGGAGAAAGUGAAAUCGGAGUUGAAAGUCCGAUUGACACGUGAGGAGGACGAAAGGUUGACGCAAGACGUACAAAAGCUUUAUGAGCAGUUACAGCCCACCGCGGAGAGCGAAGAACGACGAUCCAGGUUUAUCGGAAAACUCGACAAGAUCCUACGGGAAAGGUGGCCAACGUCAUCAACCAAGGUCAAUGUGUUCGGCUCCACUGGAAAUAGUUUGGGGACUGUUGAUUCUGAUGUCGACAUUUGCAUCACGACAGAUUGCAAAGAGAUGGAACGAGUAUGCAAUAUCGCCGAACUACUGGCCAGCCACGGCAUGGAAAGAGUCGUAUGCGUUUCAUCCGCCAAAGUGCCCAUUGUCAAGAUCUGGGAUCCCGAGUUGCAAGUCGCUUGUGACAUCAAUGUCAAUAAUCCGCUGGCUUUGGAGAAUACCCAAAUGGUGCGGGCCUACGUGAGUAUCGACAGUCGAGUGAGACCUUUAGCCAUGAUCAUCAAGUAUUGGGCAAAACGAAGGAUAUUAAAUGACGCUGCGCUGGGUGGCACGCUUAGCUCCUACACAUGGAUAUGUCUUGCCUUGAACUUUCUGCAGACGAGAGAUCCUCCCAUCUUGCCGACUUUACAGCAACAGCCCAACUUGCAGCCGAAAGAAGUGGCUGGAGUGAACGUGUCUUUUGACCGCGACAUUGAUGCUUACAAGGACUACGGUAACCGGAACAAAACUUCGCUUGGCGAACUCCUAUUUCAUUUCUUCCGCUAUUACGGACACGAGCUCGACUUCGAGCAGAAUGUGGUUUCGGUCAGGCUGGGCCGCUGUCUGUCAAAAACGGAGAAGGCGUGGCAUCUGCUGCAGGACAACCGCCUCUGCGUCGAGGAGCCUUUCAAUCUGUCAAGGAACUUGGCCAACACUGCAGACGACACAUCAACGCGAGGCAUUCAUCUGGAGCUCCGGCGGGCUUUUGACUUGAUAGGUGAUGGGAAACUCCUGAAAUGCUGCGAGCAAUUUGUCUAUCCGCCAGACGAGAUCAAGCCUUCGGAGAUGUUCGUCCCACCCUCAGCACGCCCGGUGAUUGCGCAAUUUCCACCGCAGACGUCGCGUGGAGGUCGUAAUGCGGCGCGGGGUGCUCGGAGUGCGACUUCGUUGGGCAGGGGUUCCACCGGACGGCGGUCUUCAAACCCCUCUGUACGCAACACAAACUAUGUGCGUGGCCUUCCGUAUUCAAUGAUGACUCAGGAACAGCAACUUCAGCAGCAACACCAGCAGCAUCUGCUGCACGAUCAGCUGUUCCAGCAGUACCGGUACCUACAGAUGCAGGAACAGGAACUCAGAAUGCAAUUAUAUCAGCAGAGUCUACAGCAGCGGGGCUUGAUGGCGACGUACGGUCAACAACCGUACGCCCAAUAUACCUCGCAAGACGACGGCGACGUGAAUGGCAUUGGUCGAGCUCCGCUAUCGGCACCAUUAUAUCAGAACGGCUUCGCUCGUUCACCCUAUCUUAGUGCAAGUCAACUCAGCCAAGGGGUGUCCACCAACCCUCCCUCGCCGAGGCUGAAUCCAGGCCUUCCAGAAAUGCGCAGAUAUUCACGGCGCACUUCGGUAACACAGUCAUCCCUUGGAGGAUCGUUGCGGGCGCAGUCACAACCUGCGAGAGCAGUGCCUCUUACUACUUUGGGACAGGUACACCGGCCCGACAUUGCCGGUCUGCAGGAUGCCUCCAUGGGUCGUAGGUCGUCGGCAUCUUCAACGUCUCAGGCGGAAGCGUACGGAGGUUCCAUCGAGAACGGCUACGGUAUAGUUGGAUCGAUAUAUGAUCCGGUGCGCAGGCCGGCUGAGUAUGUGGGAUAUUACGUCGGUCAGUCGCCGUCACCAUCCGCUUAUACUCACAGCACUGCCAUCUCUCCGGUGCCGUCGCACGUCGGCCUUGCCAUACAGAAUGGCGGCCUUUCUCCACGACUCGCCCCAGCCUCCACUCGGCCUUCGGAAGUGAUGCAUACCCCACCGCUUCAAACCACUAUUCCCGCCGUUACAGCCGAACCUCGACCAGAGCCUGAACCAGCGUCACGGCGGACCGAGAGAGUUGAUAGCCAGACCGAAGCACCCAGAAGUAGGAAUGGGCCACUGAUCGUAGAUGGCUCGAUCAAUUCUCCGCGGCGAACGCGUCCCACCUUGUCGCUCAACGAUCCCGAGGAUAAUGCCAAUAUCAGUGGAUCGACUUCAGAAGACUUGGCAUUUGACACGCCCUCAAGCUCGGAUGAACAAUCACAAGACGCUUUUGAAAGUGUCCCUCCCGUCCGAGGCUCGCCCAUCAGUUCUCAUCACGUACAGAAGCACGCCUUGCCCAAUGGUAGUUCAGAAUACGUAAAUGGGCACUUGCCACUUAGAGUCUCGUCAGCGCGGAUACACCACGAAGCCGCCAGGCCACCGGAAGCAGCGGGGUUGACGGGUCUAGGUGCAAUGAAGAAAGCCGGUGGCGUGGCAUGGCCUCUUGACAGACAACUUUCCUCGGUGGAGGAGGUCCGUACACCUACGCCUAGGGUGGAGACGCUCAACGGUGGAGCUUCACCAGAACAGGAUGACCCGAUGCCUAGUGGUGCGACGGUGUUGAAGAGCCAAGGGUACGUUCAUGAGAACCCUCUUGCGUCACGAACCAAUGGAAUUAGUGGAAUUGCCAGCGGUUUCCCCCAUGAUACCGGUUCCGCGUUGGGCGCUGGUGGCAGCAGUGGCUGGCAAAUGCCAAAGAAGAAGAAGAGCAAGAGGAAGACGGUCAAAUCGGAAAACGAUGCGCAGGCGGUGAAUCUCUCUGGUGGAGAAACACUGCCUGCCGACGAAUUCCUUCGAAAAGGCGGUUAG